AUGCUCGCAUAUGGAUGCUCGGCAGACUCUACCGACGAGUACUGUAGAUUGGGUGAAUCUAUAGCCCUUGAAUGUUUGCGAAAGUUUUGUUUUGUUAUUGAAGCUGUGUAUGGGCAGUGGUACCUCCGUUCCCCAAAUCUGGCCGACCUUUACAGGCUCUUGCACAAGGCUAGUCGCAGAGGAUUCCCAGGCAUGUUAGGUAGUCUUGACUGCAUGCAUUGGGAAUGGAAGAACUGCCCCAAGGCUUGGGUAGGCCAAUUUACCGGCUACAAGCAUAAGCCAACUGUCGUUCUAGAGGCAGUGGCCUCGUAUGACACUUGGAUAUGGCAUGCCUUUUUUGGAGUUGCCGGAUGGAACAUCGAUAUCAACAUGCUAGCUUGUUCCCCGUUGUUCAAUGAUGUAGUCAAUGGAGUGUCUCCCCAUAUCCAAUAUGUUGUCAAUGAAAAUGAAUACAAUCUGGGUUAUUACUUGGCUGAUGGUAUAUACCCUCGUUGGGCUACAUUGGUUAAGACAAUUUCCCAACCGGAUACUCCAAAAAAAAGACUAUUUGCCCCAAAACAAGAGGCUUAUAGGAAGGAUGUCAAAAGAGCCUUCGGAAUACUUCAGGCUCAAUAG